UCUAACUGACCAAUCAGAGAGUUACAUUUUCAUGUACCCGCUAGUUUUCACUUGGGUAUAACAAAGUAUAUUUACAAUGAACAUAUAGUGACUUUAGAAAUACAUAUCAAACUAUUUUAGAAAUCCAAUUAACUUCAUUAAGAUUUUUCAUUGCACAUGUCCCAGAUGAUGCUGCAAACAACAAAACUUUGAAGUUUCAUUGAAAUAUUAUAUGGAUUUAAUACCUUUCUUUUAGUUUAAAGUUUGAGAUUUUACACAAGGAGUCUACAAUAAAGUCCCAAGUAAAAUGUAAUCACUACCCAAGUGAAAUAAGUAUCAUUCUGCAAUGUUUUGGACAUGUUAAAAUUAUGAAUUAACAGGUUGGCAGCACACUGUGGCUGUAACAACUGUGACUGCACAAGCAGUGUUUCCCACAGCAGAAAUACCCUAGAACAGAUUGAUCUUCCCUGAUGGUAUUUUACAAAAUAAAAAAUAACGUUAUUGUUGUUGUUGAUCUUCUUUUGAUUGGAAAAUAUUGAGGCACCUCAUAUAUCUAUCUGUCUUCUGAUAAUGUGAAACCUCUCAUAGGGACAUAGGCAUUUGGUGCGUCAAACCACAAAAAAAUAUUAAUAGACUGAAGUUUAAAAAGCAAGGAAAUAUAGCUUGGUUAAAAUUAAAAGUAUAAAAUCAGCUAUCAGGCAGUUUAAGGUGAGACAUGAUCAAUACUGCAUGCAAAUGGCUGCAUUGAACUGCUCAUGGGUUGGGAGGUGGACAACAGCAGGAGUAAUGUUAUUGUAAAUGGUAUACAUGUUGUAAGUGACAGUGAUGGCAGACAACUAUCAUGUGUUGGAGCUUAUUGGCGAAGGUUCCUUUGGGAAGGUUUACAAAGGCAGGAAGAAAUACACUGGACAGAUAGUUGCAAUAAAGUUUAUUCCAAAAGUAGGAAAGCCGGAGAAAGAGUUACGAAAUCUCCGUCGAGAGAUUGACAUCAUGAGGCACCUGCAUCAUGAGAACAUUAUAGAAAUGUCUGAUAGUUUUGAUACAGAUAAAGAGGUUGCCGUGGUUACAGAUUAUGCCGAGGGAGAACUUUUCCAAAUUCUGGAAGAUGAUGGUAACCUUCCUGAAGAACAGGUUCAGCAAAUAGCUGCACAGCUUGUAUCGGCCUUGUACUACCUUCACUCACAUAGAAUUCUACACCGAGAUAUGAAACCACAGAAUAUAUUAUUGGGUAAAGGAGGCAUUGUGAAACUCUGUGACUUUGGAUUUGCAAGAGCAAUGAGUUUCAACACUUUGGUUUUGACUUCAAUCAAGGGUACCCCAUUGUAUAUGUCACCAGAGCUAGUAGAAGAGAAACCAUAUGAUCAUACAGCAGAUCUUUGGGCUCUUGGCUGUAUUCUGUACGAGUUGUUCACUGGUACCCCACCUUUCUAUACAAACAGUAUAUUCCAGCUGGUCAGUCUGAUCAUCAAAGACCCGGUAAAGUGGCCCAAGAAUAUGAGCCCAAUGUUUAAAGACUUUCUACAAGGGGUCCUGACCAAGAACCCAAGGCAGAGGUUAGCUUGGCCUGAAUUGUUGCACCACCCUUUUAUUGCUGAUUUAGUAAAAGUGAGAGAAGAAGAUGCCAGUCUACCCAGUCCAUUCACACAACCACUCACAGCAUCUAUGGUACGCAUGAAGGAUGAGCAAGCCAAGGAAAAGGCUCACCCAAAAGGCACAUCAAAAAUUCUUGCAAAAGCACGUAAGAAGGCAAUGGAAGAUGAGGCAUCGAAAAAAGGUCAGGCUCCUGCAAAUAUACAUCCAACAGGAGUAGGGGGUGAGGUAGCUCAACCUCUGAAGAAAGUGGAGUCUGAAUCCAAAGAGGCAUGGGGUCCGAAACUGAAGGCUGAGGAUGGUGGUGGAGGGCAAGAGGUUCAAGCGCCGGUCCAUGCAGAUAGAGAGCAUACAAAAGACUGGGAGAAUACAGGAUUGAGCAAGCAGUCGAGAGAGGAGAAUACAGACCCAACUCCUCGUACAGAUAGAAUCACAAAAGAUUAUGAGAAAGAAUAUCCAAGUAUUGAGAUAGAGGGGCGCCGGACAGUACGGAAAUCCUCAGACAAACAAAACACAAAGAAUAUUGAAAAUGUCAAACUCGAUGGCGAGGGAGACUCCAAGGAAGUUGACAGUGACGAUGAAUGGCAGGGUUUGAUUGAUGUUACUGAUCAGGAUGGUGAACCAGAAUAUGCUCUCAAACUGUUGACCGAUAAAAAAUUCCUUGCUAAACUUAACCAAAGAAUUGAGCACAGCUCAGCACAAGUACUUGAUGGCAUGUUAGAGGGGGCAGCAAGAUUGAGAACUGUUCUGAGGGUAGUAACCAACCUUGUUACACUGAAGUGUGAUGUUGAUUUAAUCAUAAAUGCAAUCAAAGCUGUGAACUUGCCAGUGAUGCCACUAAAGUUGUUGGCAGAUAUUAUGGAUAAAUCAAAAGUUAAACAGCAACCCUGGUGCCAACAAAUUCUGGUAGAUCUUGUGAUAGCACUGAAUGCUUACUUUGCUAGUGAGAUCAGCUGGACAGAAAACAUUGACAAACAAAUUGUUAGUCAGUUCCUUGAGGCUAUGGGUCAGUUCAUGUCAUUGUUGCCAAAGUUGAUGAAUCAACAAGUAGAUGAAGAUCUACGUCUUAGAGAACAGUCAAUACUGUGUGCCAUAUAUACAUGUGAAGCUAUGGAGAGAGACAAGAUGAAGCUAGCUGACCAGUAUUUCAUGAUGCUAGCUACUAAACAUACAGCAGCUCUAGAUUCCCUAAUGGCUGCCACGCUACCAGACACAACAGUACUACACAAACUAACAGAAUUAGCAGAGGGUAAUGAAGAGUUAGCAGUUGAUCGUCAUGAGAAUCUUACACAGCUCAGCCUGUCAUGUCUUGCCACCAUGCUCAAUAUUCCUCUUGAGAUGGAUACAGGAGCAGACGGCAGGAGAAAAAUAGCUCACUAUCUUGGGGACAAGAUGGCAAGUAAAGGCAAUGAGAAACUCACAGAUGAUUUCCUGAUACUUAUACGACAUCCCCCACAGUGCACCAAUAUGCUCAAGGUGAUUUAUGCUUGCUGCCAAGUAUCAACAACUUUUUGUUCCUACAUAUCCAAUCAACAACAGCACAUGGAAUCUCUACUGGGGGUCCUCAUGGGGAAAGUUGAACUAGCCGACAUGGAAGUGAACUCUGUAAUCGAGAUGUUGAUCCAUGUACUCAGCACUAUAGUGAUACAGCUUCAGACAUUGCCACCUACGUUAACAGAUGCUGCCAGUCUUAUGGUGUCUAUCUUUCUCGAGUCUACCAUUGCAAGUCAUACUGCUGCAGCUGCUCUGUUGUUCAGUCAGAUGGUAUAUUGUGGUGUAUCUGUAGAGGUUCAACCAGAGGAGAUGUUACAAGCUUGUCUUGCAGUCUUCACAGACCUUCAACAGAUUUGUGUAAGAUGUCCAUUUGACUACGGUAUUAUGGAUGGUCUAAUGUUACUGCUGUGUGAAAUGCUGACACAGGCUGAGGCUCCUGUUGCCCAGCUUUACAUAGAAACAGGAAUCUGGGGUACAUUGUGGCAUCGUGUUGCCCAGGCUCUACAGGUCAUGAACCCAGAGACAGAGCUGCCCAUACAUGAUAUAGAGACUGAUAUGGAGGCUCAGAAAGGUUUUCAUGAGCCAGACUGGUCCCUGGUAUCACCACAGGGCCUCAUGGCAGUAUUACAGAUGUCAGUGACUGUCUUCACAAAGGAAACACAGCAGUGUAUACCUAACCUAGCAGUACCUGACAGUAUUAUCAUGCUCACUCUGAUACAUCUACUCAGGAAGGAAUUUCUGUAUUCACUCAGUAAAAGUUUUAAUGUGGAGGGUCCACAGUUGACUGUAGACCUGAUACUUGAAGUAACACAGAUAUGCUGCUUCCCUUUUGCUGUUGAUGCCAGUGACGACCUCCUCGGUGAAAUACAAACUUGUCUACAUGCCCAUCAGUUGAUGCCACGUCUCAUGUAUGCUUGCCAAAAAUACCUCAAAGAUGAUCAGUUAGAAACCCCAAUUGGGCUUAUCACAAGACUUGUCCUCAGUAAUAAUAUUUUCAUAGACCAGUUCUGCUCAUCUGUCAAAGAUCUCAAGUUUCUCUCAUUUCUCAGUACAUGUAUAGCACCGACAAGCCCAGUCUCUGUUGUGUGUGAUACAAUAUCCUUGUGUAACCAUCUUGUCAGGACCUCUGCUCAACAUGCCACACUCGUCAAGUCAGUCAUACAAUCAAAUAAAGGUGAUACAGACAAAUUGAGUAUAUUGAUACAUCAUCAGUCAUCAUCAGUGAAGUCUCGCACAUGUAGUUUAUUGGGUAAUCUCAUGAAACACAAUGCUCACAUGUACACAUUCCUCAAACAGCGAGAUAAACUCUUCCAAGGUUUGAUCACCUGUCUCAAAGAUGAAGAUCAAAAUGUCAGAAAGGGGGCCAGUUACGCAGUUGGAAAUGCAGCAUUCCACAAUGACAGUCUUUAUGUAAAAUUAAAAACAAGCAUAGCACAGCUUGUAGAACUACUGAAAGAUCCAGUGUCAAAAACAAGGAGUAAUGCAGCGUGUGCAUUAGGAAAUCUAGGUUUGCAUUCUGGAACUUUAUGUUUCCAGUUGAAAAAAUGUAAAGUUGUUCAAAGUUUGGUGUACACAGCAUGUCAUGAUAGUCAACCAAGUGUUCAAAUCAGUGCCCUGCUUGCUCUACGCACAUUAUCAAAGCAAGAAGAUCUCAGAAAAGAAAUGUCAUCAUCAAAAACAGUUGACAAGCUGUCAGAGUUGACCUCAUCUACUCCACGACCUUCAUCGGCGACCCCAAGGUCAAACAGCGUAUUAUCAUCAAGUCUGCAGAGCAGUCGAGGACAUACAAGUUCAAAUGCCGUACUCAGUCACUGUAACAAGCUCAUACACUUUCUUCAGGGUCGGUCAAGCUGAACAUUAUCAAUGAUCUUUGUAGGGUAUACAAUGAUGACUACUUUGUCUUCAAUAUAUCAACCAUUUUGAAGUCAUUAGUCAUUUUCCAUGACCAUUAUUUAAAGACAUUAAAGCUGUGUUACAUGUUUGUAUAGUGUUAGUGAUAAAAGUGAAUAUGAAUCAGGUAAAAAAUGGAUUACCUCUUUGUUGGAAUUCUAUUCUGGGAAUCAACUCAGAUGCGCAAUCCAUAGAAAUUAUCCUAUAACAGUUAAAUUUGUAUAUAAAGACCAGGCAUUUGAAGAGACAAAAAGUGGUCUUUAUAUGCAGGUGGACUAUGUUUGGUAAAAAUACAAGUUGUGUUUACAGCCAGGGGAUUUGUUGCAGGUGGUUUUGACACAAGUUUGGCUAUGUGUAAAACCAUUCUUAAAGUACGUGUUUUCCUCCAUCAAGGAUAUCUUAACCAUUUUACUUCCGUCCUUUAUACAAACCAGUUUUAUAUUAACUUUUGCUAUUUUGUUAAGUGAUUGUUUUUAUUGACAUAAUUGUUGUAUCAUUGUCUCAUAUUUAUCUCUGAAAAAUAUUAAAAUGUCCAAUUGACUAAUA